CUAAAUCUUAGGAAUUUUGAACACCAGUAAAGUUAAUGUGGUUAUCAUUUAAAUUAUAACUUGUAUAAAUUAUAACAAAGUAUAACUUGACGACAGACUUUAUAUGUCUCGAUCACUCCACCACGUGUAGCUUUCGUUUAAGAUUCGUUGUUUUGAAGUCAUCUGCUCGCAAGAAGGUGUGCGAAGCAUUUGAGAAAAAAAUACUAUUAACUCCCUUGUUUACAUGGCGAAAAUAAAUGUGUUAAUACAAGCAGCAAAACUUGUUGAAAGUGACGAAGAUAUAGUGUUACCGAAAACUAAAGGCUCUGUUAGAGUCAUUGGAUUAUUUGCUGAAGAAGACGCAGAAGUAUAUGAACAAUAUAGUAGUAGUAUUCAAAGUUCUCCUUCUUCUAUGUCAGACUCAGAAUCAAAGAAAGGAAAACCUUAUUAUUGUCCUGGUUCAAGAGAGCAGCACAACAGAUUAGAAAAGAAUAGGCGAGCCGAAAUGAAACAGUUUUUUAUAAAGUUGAAACAACAUGUUCCAUCAUUAGAAGGAAAACCCAAAGCUUCUAACGCAUCUAUUCUGGCAGCAGCAAAAUCAUAUAUUGAAGAGUUGAAAAAACUUGAUAAACGUUAUGAAGUUGAACGCUAUCGUCUUCAUCGAUGCCGCGUAUGCCUUGAAGAGCAAGUUAAAAUGCUCAAAGAAGACAUUCGCCGACAAAGUUUACAGAAUGAACUAUUUUCUCAAGUCCAACAAGAAAAAAAAUGCCUAAAAAAUCCAAAAGAAAUGACAUCUGUUGAAACCCAAGCAAAUGAAGCUGAUAUUCUUGCGGAACUACCUGUAGACUCGUUUAGCUGUACCGGUUCUAGUGCGUCUGACACUGCUGCUAUUGCCGAACCUGGCGGACUGCAGAAACAAUCAAUUGAAACUUUUAUAAUUUCAGAUUCUUCUUUCUCAAAAAAUAUAGAAGAAGAUAUAGCAGUGGAAUAUGAAACUCAUAUGACAAAAGAAAAUGAAUCAUUUUCACUUGAUAACAUAAUUUUACCGAGGUACUCUGAACCGCUGGACCAUCUCAGUACAAAUAUACAAUAUGCUAGUAGUUCCGAUAGUGACUUUUCAAGUAAAUCUUUUUAUUUUGAGUUUCAACAUCGUAGUGAUGACGAAGAACCUGAUUUAGAAAUUGAGCUAUAAUAUACAUAGAAUGACGUUUUCCAGAUAGUGAUUCAAUUUUCUAUAUAAUACGUAUUCUACUUCUCUACUUACGCUUAUAGUCGCACUUUCGAGUAUCUCUGAUUUAUCACUAUCAAAUUCACUAUUAACUUUUUAAUAUCGUUAAAAUUUUUAACGGUUAAAUGAUUUUCGUUGCACCUUUAAUUGAUGUUAAUCUUUAAUUAUCGCUGCUUAAGUUUCUAUAUCAAUAUUUUUUGGUGAUUUCUUAUGAUUUUCUUUCUAUUGUGUUUUCUUUUCUUAGUGUUACUUAUAUAAAUUUUCUCAAACAAUACUUUAUAAGAAUCAUAUUGAUUUUGUUAAAUAUUAUACAAUAGUAUACAGUUAGUACCUUUAUGACCUCAAAGAGAUCUAUGUAAAGUUGGCGUUAUAACAAUUAUUUUUUUAUUUAA